AUGACUUUUGAACUUCCUCAAAUAUGCUAUAGGUACAAGAUGAUGAAGAAAGUUCUUAGACAUGUGAGCAUUUUCUUCCCCUUCUUGGUCAGAUACACAAAUGUUUUCCACGUUAUAUAUGAAUCAAAAAGCACUUAUGAACGGUAUGUAUUUAAUCAGUUUGUUUGGUUCUGUGCUGCUUCACACCCCUUUGCUGUUUUGCUAAGUAAAGCUUUGGUGGUCAAAAGGGAGAGUGGAAAAGCAAAAGGGAGAAGUGAGCCAAGCCAAUAUGUGCACUUUCCAUAUUCUGAAAGUGAUGAUCUCCAAACGAAACGUGGUUUUGUUUGGUCUCAUCAAUUUGACCCUAACGAUGUCAAGUGUAGCCGCCUUUUGAAUGUGUCGUGUCUUUUGGCUGCUUUUGUGGUGGCACGCACUGCCGCACCUCACUCUUCGCUGACAAAACUUGGAUUCAGGGUCGUGAUGGAACAGAAGCACGUUCUGUUGUCAGCAUUGAGUGUUGGGGUUGGAUUGGGUGUGGGGCUUGGGUUGAGUUCAGGGCAGAAAUGGGUUGGCGGGAAUCGCGACUCUGAUGAGCUUUCUGUGGAGCAGAUUGUUCAGGAGCUCAAAAAGUUGGUGGUUGAAGGAAAGGACAGCAAGUAUACAUUUGAGGACUUUCCAUAUUACUUAAGUGAAAGAAUUCGAAUUUUGUUGACAAGUGCCGCAUAUGUUCAUUUAAAACAUCUUCACUUUUCCAAGCACACCAGAAACCUCUCACCAGCAAGCAGGGCAAUUUUGCUAUCUGGUCCAGCAGAAUCUUACCAGCAAGCCCUUGCUAGAGCUUUAGCACAUUACUUUGAAUCAAAGUUGCUGUUGAUAGAUAUUACUGACUUCUCUGUGAAGUCUUUGAGAAGGUCAAUAUCCGAGGCAACGUUGGAGCGAAUGUCUGGUUUGUUUGGUUCCUUUUCAAGGCUUUCUUUAGCAGGAGAAACAAGAGGUUUUGUUUUUAAAGUUAGUAUCACCGACAGUGUUCACAGCCCUGACAUUGGAAAUAGUUGUGGAGACUCCAUAUUAUCUCUUCUCCUUUUUCCAAAUUUCGUUUCAGCUGAUAUUUCCAAUCCUCCAAAGCUUAGGAGGAAUGCUUCUGCUGCAUCUGAUAUAAGUAGCACUGCUUCCCAGUGUGGUCCAACAUUUCCAGCUCGUUUAAAGCGCUCAAGUAACUUGUGUUUUGAUGAGAAGCUCUUUGUGCAGGCACUUUACAAGCUCUUGGUUUCUAUCACAGAAACUAGUUCCAUCAUUUUAUACAUCAGGGAUGUUGAGAAGCUCGUUCUCCAGUCAUCAAGGUUAUAUAAUUUACUACAAAAAAUGAUAAAGAAAAUAUCAGGUUCGGUGUUGAUACUUGGUUCCCAGAUAUUAGAUUCAGAUGAUGAUUGCAAAGAAGUUGAUGAAAGGAUCACUGCGCUAUUCCCCUACAAUAUUGAAAUCAAAGCUCCUGAAGAUGAAGCUCAUUCUGGCAAUUGGAAAGGCUCACUGGAAGAGGAUAUGAAAGCUAUUCAUUUCCAAGAUAACAGAAACCACAUUGCUGAAGUACUAGCAGAAAAUGACAUUGACUGUGAUGACUUGAACUCAAUCUGCCAUGCAGAUACAAUCGUACUCAGCAAUUAUAUUGAAGAAAUUGUAGUAUCUGCAAUAUCUUACCAUUUGAUGAAUACCAAGGAUCCAGAAUACCGAAAUGGAAAGCUAGUUAUAUCAGCCAAUAGUUUGUCCCAUGGAUUGAGUCUGUUCCAGGAAGGCAAGAGUAGUGGGAAUAUGAAGACUAAUGAAUCUAACAAGGAAAAUGCCGGCGAAGAUAUUACUGGUGCAAAGAAUGAAGUAAAGUGUGACAAUCAAGCACCGGAAAACAAAAGUGAGACAGAGAAAUCCAUCCCAGUAACAAAGAAAGAUGGCGAAAAUACUACACCUGCAAAAGCAGAGGUUCCUGACAAUGAGUUUGAGAAGCGCAUAAGACCCGAAGUUAUCCCUGCAAAUGAGAUAGGGGUAACAUUUGCGGAUAUUGGUGCAUUGGAUGAGAUCAAAGAAUCACUUCAAGAGCUGGUAAUGCUUCCCCUUAGAAGGCCUGACCUCUUCAAAGGUGGGCUUCUAAAGCCAUGUAGAGGUAUAUUGCUUUUCGGGCCUCCUGGUACUGGGAAAACAAUGCUAGCAAAAGCAAUUGCAAAUGAAGCUGGUGCCAGUUUCAUUAAUGUCUCAAUGUCCACCAUUACAUCAAAAUGGUUUGGAGAAGAUGAAAAGAAUGUCAGAGCUCUAUUCACACUGGCAGCUAAGGUUGCUCCAACAAUUAUCUUUGUUGACGAGGUUGACAGCAUGCUUGGACAGAGGACUAGAGUAGGAGAGCAUGAGGCCAUGAGGAAGAUAAAAAAUGAGUUCAUGACACACUGGGAUGGACUAUUAACAGGACCUAAUGAGCAAAUUUUGGUUCUUGCUGCAACCAACAGGCCAUUUGACCUUGAUGAAGCUAUCAUAAGACGGUUUGAGCGCAGGGUCCUGGUUGGUCUUCCAUCUGCUGAGAACAGGGAAAUGAUCUUGAAGACUCUUUUGGCUAAAGAAAAACAUGAAAACUUAGACUUCAAAGAGCUGGCAACCAUGACAGAAGGAUUUACUGGAAGUGAUCUUAAGAAUUUGUGCAUCACUGCCGCUUAUCGACCUGUUAGAGAGCUAAUAAAGGGGGAGAGAAUGAAGGAAAUGGAAAAGAAGAAAAGAGAGGCAGAAGGCCAAAACUCUGAAGAUGCUUCAAACAAUAAAGAUAAGGAAGACCAAGAAAUUACCCUCAGGCCUUUAAAUAUGGAAGACAUGAAACAGGCUAAGAGUCAGGUGGCUGCAAGUUUUGCCUCAGAAGGAUCCGUCAUGAAUGAGUUGAAGCAGUGGAAUGAUUUGUACGGAGAAGGAGGUUCGAGGAAGAAGCAACAGCUCACUUACUUCUUUUAG